AUGAAGGUUUUCCGGAGCUCCCGAGCAGUGUCUGUCGAGGACAGCGCUUGUACGACGCUGUUCGGUUUGUUUCCUGGAUGUGGCAUGCCUGAUUUUCAUGACGGCGUCGUGCUCGAAGACAUGAUGGUGCAUGGAAGUGCUGUCGGCGAGCGGCCAACGACUAUCGCAUCAUCUAACUGGUGUACAGGUGUCCGUGCGAAGCCCAGUAUCUCGCAACAGACCCUGUCGGUCUGUGAGCAGCUGCUGACCGUGACGAUCCCAGUCAGCGAUGCCGUGCUAGGCCAUGUAGAUGAUGGGUGUCAGCGCGAGAUGCCCAUGUACAAUGUGUUCAAGUUCAGAACAACGAGGGAUGGAUCAGCAAAGUGGUCUGCGGCCUGUGUGCAUGGAGUACAGGGUCUCGCAUUCGCCGUCCGCAUGAAAUGGCCAACUGCGAUAUGCAUGCCACGACGAGGUCCCACACGGCAGGACGUCGCUGACUCGUUGUCAGCCAUUCCCGUGUCUUUCACACAUCGAGGUCGCUGUCGGUCUGCAUACUCCUCGGCGCGGCUCCGCAAAGCGAGGGAAAUUCAGCGAGGCUUGAAGCAGAUGGUCGGUGUCGAAUCCCAGCAGGAUCGAAACAUCGGAAACCCGGUGCGCCGUUUUGUCGAUUUCGAACCGUUUCGUGACCGUCAAGACCCGAAUCUCGGUGACCUUACCGAACACAAUGCGACUCCGAGUCGGCUUGUACACGAGAGCCAGAAUCGUAAUCUACAGUGUCGAGCCGGUCGGAUGUCGUGGAUAACUCGUCGCCUGCGAUAUCGGUACUACGGAGAACGCGUGAACGUCGACGUAUAG